AUGGAUGAAUUUGAUGAACUGAACGAUGGCGAAUCGGAUACAGGUGGAGAUUUUUCUGUCGAAUCAGCAGCCGUGAAAUCCAAACACACACCAAGUAACAUUAGUGAUUCCGAUAGUGAAUGCCAUGAGUUACUUGUUUCUCCUGUUGUCAAGGUUUCUCACAAAACAUCUCCUGUUGAUAGCCCAGUUUUACAAAGACCUAUCACAAUUACACAUUCACGUCAUAGGUCACCUUCCCGAAGCUCAAUUCAAAUUUCUGAUGACGAAGUUAACAAUUCAUCUGUGUCAUCUAACUCGAAUAAUAAUAAUAAUAAUAAUAAUAAUAAUAAUAAUAAUAAUAAUAAUAAUAAUAAUAAUAAUAAUAAUAAUAAUAAUAAUAAUAAUAAUAAUAAUAAUAAUAAUAAUAAUAAUAAUAAUAAUAAUAAUAAUAAUAAUAAUAAUAAUAAUAAUAAUAAUAAUAAUAAUAAUAAUAAUAAUAAUAAUAAUAAUAAUAAUAAUAAUAAUAAUAAUAAUAAUAAUAAUAAUAAUAAUAAUAAUAAUAAUAAUAAUAAUAAUAAUAAUAAUAAUAAUAAUAAUAAUAAUAAUAAUAAUAAUAAUAAUAAUAAUAAUAAUAAUAAUAAUAAUAAUAAUAAUAAUAAUAAUAAUAAUAAUAAUAAUAAUAAUAAUAAUAAUAAUAAUAAUAAUAAUAAUAAUAAUAAUAAUAAUAAUAAUAAUAAUAAUAAUAAUAAUAAUAAUAAUAAUAAUAAUAAUAAUAAUAAUAAUAAUAAUAAUAAUAAUAAUAAUAAUAAUAAUAAUAAUAAUAAUAAUAAUAAUAAUAAUAAUAAUAAUAAUAAUAAUAAUAAUAAUAAUAAUAAUAAUAAUAAUAAUAAUAAUAAUAAUAAUAAUAAUAAUAAUAAUAAUAAUAAUAAUAAUAAUAAUAAUAAUAAUAAUAAUAAUAAUAAUAAUAAUAAUAAUAAUAAUAAUAAUAAUAAUAAUAAUAAUAAUAAUAAUAAUAAUAAUAAUAAUAAUAAUAAUAAUAAUAAUAAUAAUAAUAAUAAUAAUAAUAAUAAUAAUAAUAAUAAUAAUAAUAAUAAUAAUAAUAAUAAUAAUAAUAAUAAUAAUAAUAAUAAUAAUAAUAAUAAUAAUAAUAAUAAUAAUAAUAAUAAUAAUAAUAAUAAUAAUAAUAAUAAUAAUAAUAAUAAUAAUAAUAAUAAUAAUAAUAAUAAUAAUAAUAAUAAUAAUAAUAAUAAUAAUAAUAAUAAUAAUAAUAAUAAUAAUAAUAAUAAUAAUAAUAAUAAUAAUAAUAAUAAUAAUAAUAAUAAUAAUAAUAAUAAUAAUAAUAAUAAUAAUAAUAAUAAUAAUAAUAAUAAUAAUAAUAAUAAUAAUAAUAAUAAUAAUAGGCUAAACAGAAAUUCCUUCCGACGUAUUAUGUUCUCAUAA